UCAGAAUCCAUCAGGAUGGAAACAGAACCACCUGCAGCUCAGAGGGGAUCUACCCUCAACCUGAACUCACCUGGUCCACUGAGCCUCCAUCCAACACGGCUCUGCAGAACAGAACCACAGUCCAUCAGACUGAGGAGAAGCUUUAUGACAUCAGCAGCUCUCUGACGGGUCCAGACGGUUCUGAUCGGAUCUUCAGCUGCACCAUCAGAACCAGGAGGAACUGGUGGAAAACAAGUUUAACCAGAGCAGAGUCUGGAACCAGCAUGUCCUGUGUUAUCAACCAGGACUGCAUUUUACCAUGUCGGUUCAGGAAUCGGGUUGCCAACAUGACAUGGGAGCGUGAAAUACCAAAAUCAGGGAUUGUAAGUUAUGACCAGGGUAACAUCAGAACCUCUGAGAGCUUCAGAUCCAGAGCGUCUCUGUUUGAGGAUCAGAUCUCCAGAGGAAACGGCGACCUGCUGCUGAGAGGAGUGAAGGUUGAUGAUGAGGGAACAUAUGAGUGUCAUGUUUUUACAACUGGCAUCUAUUAUAGACGUUCUGUUGUCCUUGAGAUAGAAGCUCCAGUCUCUUCAGUCAGAAUCUAUCAUGAAGGAAACAGAAUCACCUGCAGCUCAGAGGGAAUCUACCCUCAACCUGAACUCACCUGGUCCAUCAUGACUCUGCAGAACAGAACCACAAUCCAUCAGACUGAGGAGAAGCUUUAUGACAUCAGCAGCUCUCUGACGGUUACAGAUGAAGAUGUAGGUCUGUUUUACUCCUGCACCAUCAGAACCAGGAAGAGCUGGAGGAUAGCAGCACUAAAUGAGCCAGGGAUUGGAACCAGAAUGUCCUGUGUUAUCAACCAGGACUGCAUUUUACCAUGUCGGGUCAAGAACGGGGUCAACAAGAUGGAAUGGAAACAUGGAACCUCUCUGAUUGUCUCCUAUGACCAUCGUGGCUCCAGUUACUCUGAGAGCUUCAGAUCCAGAGCGUCUCUGUUUGAGGAUCAGAUCUCCAGAGGAAACGGCGACCUGCUGCUGAGAGGAGUGAAGGUUGAUGAUGAGGGAGGAUAUGUGUGCACUGCAGUGAUUAAUGGCUUCUAUCAUAAACAUUUUGUUUUCCUUGCAGUAGAAGCUCCAGGUUCUGACAUCAGAAUCCAUCAGGAUGGAAACAGAACCACCUGCAGCUCAGAGGGGAUCUACCCUCAACCUGAACUCACCUGGUCCACUGAGCCUCCAUCCAACACGACUCUGCAGAACAGAACCACAGUCCAUCAGACUGAGGAGAAGCUUUAUGACAUCAGCAGCUCUCUGAUUGAUCCAGACGGUUCUGAUCGGAUCUACAGCUGCACCAUCAGAACCAGGAGCAACCAGAGGAGAGCAACUUUAGCUGAACCAGGUGCUGAGGUUCCAAUCAGCUGCACUUCCUUCAACAUUUCUGUGUCCAGUUUGGUCUGGAGGUUCAACCAGCGUCAGAUCAUCCUGACCAAGACUGACAGAAACAUCUACAACAUCUCAGAGGAGUGGAGGAAACAUGUGAGGGAUGUUUCAGCGUCCGGCAGCCUCACCUUACAGAAUGUGACCUCAGAUCAGGAGGGAGUUUACAGCUGUGAGCUCAGUGAUGAUGAGGAGACGAUGAUAACUCAGCUCUAUCUGAGGAGGACUGGAGAGAAUCUGGUGGUUCCUGAACUCAUCAGACGGACGGUGGUUUGUGUUGUGAUUGCAGCAGCAGCAGCUGGAUUCAUAAUGUUCUACAAGAAGAAAAUGGAGGAAAGUGAAGCUCUGCAGCUUUAAAGCUUUCAUUCACAUUCAGAGAGUGGUUUUGUUUUAAUGCCAUUCUCCCAUUUUACCCUCAAGAUGAUUGAUGAGCUGUGAUGGUUUCACUAAAUGAUCAGCUUCAUGUUCUUGAGAUGAUUCUCAUAUUUGGAGAUAUUUCUGUUUUUAUUUUUAGGAUGAUUUCAUCUUCUGCCCAGCAG